AUGCCUCCGAGUAUACACGAUCCCAUCGCGGCAAACCCGGCCAUGAGUAGCAACCGCAACGACGGCAACGCAGCAACAGCAUCUCGAGAAAUCUCUGGUUCAGCUUCCACUUUUCUUGAUACCCAGCCGGGCCCAGAUCACGACUGGAAGAUCACGUUGAAAGACAAAGUCAUCGCUAUCACAGGUGCAAACAGGGGUAUCGGUCUGGCUCUCGCAGAGGUCUGUCUAGCAAACGACGCAGAAGCCGUCUUUAGCCUGGACGUGUUCGAGCCUGGCGAAGAGUUCAUCGCACUAAAAAAUGCCAACCCGAAGCGUCUAUCCUACGUCCAUUGCGACGUCACAUCCGAGGAGAGUGUUAGCUCCGCAAUCGACGCCGUGAUCGCAGCACGAGGUGCCAUCCACGGCUUCAUUGCAAAUGCCGGCAUGACCAAGCAUCAACCAGCGUUCGACUUCAGCCGCGCUCAGAUAGACCAGCUAUUCAACCUCAACGUGUUUGGGGCAUACUUCUGCGCCACUGCUGUCGCUCGCCGGUUUAUUGAGCUGGGCAUCAAGGGAUCCAUCGUCUUCACUGCUUCCAUGACGUCCUAUCGCCCCAAUCGUGCGGCGCCUUCAGCCCCAUAUGGAGCUACCAAGGGCGCGGUGCGGAAUAUGACACACACAUUGGCGAUGGAGUGGGCCAAGCAUGGGAUUCGCGUUAACUCGAUUUCGCCUGGCUUCAUCAAGACUGCCAUGACAUACUUUGUGGACCAAGCACCGGACUGGGAUCUGAAGAUGCAAUAUUAUGGAGGCAUGCCGCGCUUAGCAGAUCCCAAGGAGCUCGGUGGAGCUUAUGUGUACCUGCUCUCCGAUGGUGCUUCGUAUACGACCGGCAUUGAUAUUCCGGUUGCCGGUAUUGUUGGCGCGUGGUAA